CUCUAGAUUCUGGGGAAAGGAGGAAAAAAAAGACAAUUAUUAAAUAAUAAAACUGAAUUUCUUCUUCCUUCCUGCGUGGUCUUCCAAGCAAAGCAUUUGUUGCUUGCAGAGACGCAGAGAGAAAGGCCCCAAAUAGCCAAAGAUGACGACGGAGGUGCGAGAGCAAGCCCAACAAGACCCACCCACUGACCGCCCCGUUCGAGUCUACGCCGAUGGCAUCUACGAUCUCUUCCACUACGGCCAUGCCCGUUCCCUUGAGCAAGCCAAGAAACUGUUCCCCAAUACUUACCUGCUGGUGGGAUGCUGCAAUGAUGAACUCACACACCAAUUUAAGGGUAAAACUGUCAUGACUGAUAAAGAGCGCUACGAGUCUCUACGACACUGCAAGUGGGUGGAUGAGGUCAUCCCUGAUGCACCAUGGGUAGUCACAGCAGAGUUCCUGGAUAAACAUCAGAUAGAUUAUGUGGCUCACGACGCCCUUCCUUAUGCUGAUGCAAGUGGUGCUUCGAAUGAUGUCUAUGAUUUUGUUAAGAAAGCUGGAAAAUUCAAAGAAACUAAACGAGCCGACGGCAUCUCCACAUCAGAUCUCAUAAUGAGGAUUGUGAAGGAUUACAAUGAAUAUGUGACGCGUAAUUUGGCACGUGGAUACACAAGAAAAGAUCUCGGUGUUAGCUAUGUGAAGGAAAAACGUCUUAGGGUAAAUAUGGGUCUUAAAAAGCUGCAGGAGAAUGUGAAGAGGCACCGAGAAAAAGUGGAAGAAAAGAUACAAGUAGUUACGAAAACUGCUCGUGUUCAUCGGAAUGAAUGGGUUGAGAAUGCAGAUAGAUUGGUUGCUGGCUUUCUUGAAAUGUUUGAGGAAGGAUGCCAUAAAAUGGGAACAGCCAUCAAAGAGCGAUUGACGAAGCAACAGCUGAUGGCAAUAAUAUACGACAAAGAAGGUGUCACAGAUGAUGAUUCUGAUGACGAGUAUUACUAUGAUGAUUAUGAGGAGGAUGACUCUGUAGAGGAAGACUCUUCCGAUGAGAAGGGUAAAUGAUGAAUGAAGAACUCCCCCACCUACAUUAGUAUUCUCCCGAAUGAUAGUCUCUUGUUGUGUCCUGCAUAAACGCAGGUAAAAGCAAACUACUAGACUGGUGAACCUUCUUUUUGUUCUUGUCCUUCUCCUUGAUUUUUAUUCGUUUGUGUAGCAACCAGAAAGUUGCCUAGUUUGAAUGUGCAAUGAUAUAGUUUGGCACACAGCUUUCAAUGUUAAAUGCGUGAAAUGAGUAUGACAGUUUGUGUGAAGUGUGAGAGACUGCUCGAAUGAUGGAUGGUAUCUUGUUUUCUAGCAAAUUCCACGUAAAAUGACAGGCCCUAUCAUGUUAAUACAGUCACUCUUUCGCCGAUUCUAAAACGCAUCUGAUUUUGUUUGCUGGGUUCUUGUUCCUUUAGGGACUCUUUCCCUUGAAUGUUGAUUGGCAUUGAACAUUUAAAGCCCUUUUCGUCCAUGGACCUUAACAAUAUAUCGGCGAAGCUGAAUCACCCCGCAUUUCCUGGGAUUCCUUACAAACACCAGCUAUUCCUAGGACAUAGUUGGUUGUCUUUUCAAGUCAUGUGUCAUUGUUCCUCCAUUUGUGCUUAGUAGUCACCUCAAUUGUACCAGAUUGUUAUGGUUCUUACACUGUGGAAGUGGAACCAACCCUUUUCCCAUUGUGCUUUUAUUCACUAUCAACACAUAAUGACGAAGAAAAGAAGGGGGACAAUCAGGAAGAUGAGUCACAGAGAAAGAAAAUCCCACUACCAAGGAAGAAAAAGCAACUAAUAACUUUGGCUAAAGGCAUAACGUCAGCCUAGGCAGAAGAAACGAUCUGAUCAAGAGAAGGCAUAGACUUGUUGAGCCUGUGUCUGCAAGUAGGGCAAGAGGAGUGAGCUAGAAGCCACCUGUCGAUGCAGCCUACAUGGAAGCGAUGGUUACAUUGAGGAAGGAGUCUUAUGCUGUCCCCUUCCAGGAAUUCUGCAAGGCAAAUGGCACAACCUGAAGCAGAGGAAGAAUCUCCACCACCCACGGUGUAAGUAGAAGUAGGGAGAGCUACCACUUCCUUCUUCUUCAGGCCGGGAUCACGACGACGAGCCAAGGAACGGGCUGUGCAGCUGAGGACACAUUGGAGCAUGGAGUUUAGACCCAGAGCACAGAUCAAGGCGCAUAACAUCGCCCCCACAAAGACCAUGACAUUGAAAUCGAAAUUGAUGGAUUCCUCUUGAUGUUGGCAUGAAGAAGAAGAAGAAGAAGAAGAAGAUGAUGAUGAUGAAGUGGUGGGACUAAUGGCUGGAGAGGGUGGGAUGUCAAGUGUGGAGAAGAGAGACAUGGAUGUAAGCAUUGAAGGGAAGGGACAAUGAGGAGGCCAAAGACAACAGAGCCAGGAAGGAAAACGCAGAAUUUUGAAGGGGUGGGAGGGUGAAUCAGAAACAGAGAGUGGUGGAUUUUGGGUGGAAGGCUGGGAUGCGAUAAUAUGCUCAUUUGAUAGUCUCCACUGGCGCUUAUAUAUAUGAGGCUACAGGGCAUUCCCUAGAAAGGAAAAUCGACUUAUUCUCUAUAUAUUGUGCCAUUGCCCAUACCCCAUAGCUUACAUCC